AUGUCCCCGUCGAUCGAUCUCUCAUCAAUUGCUCAAUGGGUCCCAUAUGUUUAUCAUGAUCUCGAGACCUCAUCCCCCACCUCAUAUUUCCCAAGCCAGAUUUGUGCUCACAGUGCAGUCGCGCCAGGUCGAGAGAAACGGAAGAUUUGUGCUGUUGCUGCUAUCUCUCGAAAGUUUGAUCCUCGUAACCUUGAGGCACUCUACUGGUAUGAGGUCUGGUCGAUCCUCAUAGAUCUCAUGGCAGACAAAUCUUGCCUCAGCUCGAUGUCCCCAAUGCCAGAACUUGUGCCUUCCCCCAGCUCGGAUGUCGACGCCACCGACACCGACACCCCGAACAGGGCUGCUCAAUCGUGUCCACAUGUCGCUCACUCGCCCCAUAUUGGAAAGAGUUCCCGGCAAAGGAAGUGA